GUAGACCUCCAAAAGCAACUACGUAAAAACCUGCACUCCUCCACUCGCGCCGUGACGUAGGACGGCAUAAGGAAACAUCUUGCCUAGUGCGAAUGAAAAAGUGCCCGCAAAGUCAUUCAAGAUGGUGCUGGAAACUAUUUCGAGAAUUAUCAAAGUGCAACUGCCAGCCUACCUCAAGAAGCUGCCGCUGCCAGAAACGAUCGGAGGAUUUGCGAGACUCACAGUUUCAGAGUGGCUCCGUCUCCUGCCUUUGUUGGGAAUUUUGGCCCUGCUGGGCUACCUGACCAUCCGACCCUUCCUGCCCAAGAAGAAGAAGCAGAGAGACUGCCUCAUCAACCUAAAGAUCCAAAAAGAAAACCCCAAAGUGGUCAACGAGAUCGACAUAGAAGACCUACGAAGCACAAACGUUUGCUACUGCAGGUGUUGGCGUUCGAAAACGUUUCCUGUUUGUGAUAAAUCACACAUAAAGCACAACGAAUUGACCGGGGACAACGUGGGGCCACUCAUACUGAAGAAGAAGAUUCUAUAAUCCACAUUUUUCAUCAGCCAGGGAGGAGAGCAGAACAGGUGCUCUCGCUUCCUUUCAGAAAAAAAAAAGCCUCUGGUUUCAUUUUCUCACCAUUAAAAAUGUAUGGUUUGUCCAUUUCUCUUCAAUGAACCUGCUGUGUUUAGCCUAAUGUGUCCUACUAUUGAUUGUCGCCACAUCGCUGUACAUUCAUUUGCUGUGAAGAGUGGGCCUGAUCUUAUAGAUGAUCCAAGAGAUGUUAUUUUGGCUUCGUAGGUUUGCCUUGUACUGAUCCGUUCACUUUUUUUAUACUCUAAAGUGGUUUUUGCAGUGUGCCUUAAGAGUGCAAUUUGACUGGACCACAAACUACAAUAACAAACUAAAGACAGUGCCAUGAAUCUUCUGAGUUAAACUUCUCAGCUAAAGAAAUACUCCAGCAUUUUGUAAAAGUAAUGUAUCUAACGCAUCUGUAGCGCACCCUUGAUUACCACAGAUGAUAAAUUUGAGGCAUUUUCCUGUACUCAGAACUGAAAAGAACAGAAAACUCAAUGACUUGAAACUCACUUACAAUAGAAGUCAGUUGCUGAAUUCCAUAAGCAAACGUUUAUGUGGAAGACUUUCAUUAAUCCUUCAAUGCAAAGUAUUUGAAGUUGUAAAUCUGUAUCCAUACUAAUGCUGUCCUGGGGACGAUACAAGUAGCAUGCGGGAUAAAGUUAAUGCCGUUUUGGAAUGCUUGAGGAUGAACGUUCGUUAACUUAAACGAACAUAUAGUGAAACUCAUGACUGUGCCAACUGUUCACACCUACACUAAAUAUCGCAACGUUUAAUCCAGAAACUGGUUUUAUGUAGCAUUUUUUCUUCACAUUUCUGCUGCUAAUUUCCAUUAGCCUGUCAAUGGGAAUUCCCAUGUAAUUUUAGCAUCAAGCUAACGAUUGUGUCUGUUCUAUCUCUUUUCAUUUUUGCAUGCCCUACCUUAAACAAGGGCACUUCAAACUUAUAACAGACAUUAUUGUUCUAUAGGCAGCCAUAAACGGUGAUAAAUCCAAAUAAUUCCGUGGCGGCAUAGUGGUGUGGGUGGAGUCUUACAGGCUCCACAUCAUGGUGCAUGGAUACCAGAAAAAAUAAUGUUGUGUUUACAUAUUGGUAUUGGAAAAAAAUGGCUUUCCGUGACACACAGCAGUACGCGACUGAUGGUGGCAUGCAGCCAUGGAAAUGUUGCCAUGGUGACAGCAAUACCUGCCAAAAAGGAUCAUUAUCAGAGGAGACUUUAGCAGUGUCGGCUUUUAUUUAAGGUGCAGAAAAGUCAGGAGUAUGCGGCGUAUGUUUUCAUUUUCAUUUCAAAGAUAUGUUCAGAAUAAAAUUCAGUUUCAUUUAUAUCUUUAUUAAUAUAUUUUAUAUAGUUUAUUUCACCGUCAACUGUGAAUUUUCCCAAAUGUUGUGAAAACUGAGUUGUUGUUGGAAUGUUCCAUUGCCCAGGUUA